GAGGAAGAACAGGACACAGGAGUGAAGUACAGCUGGAGCAUCUAAAUCUACCGUUUUACUAGCUACCUAUAGAUAGCUAGCAAAACAAAGUUUCUUGAACCUCUUUUAUAUGAGACAAUCUAUACACCUCUAUCCCUGCGUAGUCUAUUUCAUCUAUUGAUUUUGCGUUGUGUUGUGUUGAAUGAGAGAACCAUCCAAUUUACUAGAUGAACACCAACCAUAGUGUUAAAUCAGUUGUUUUGGGUGCUUUGUUUUUGUAAUAAGAUAAAGUCAACUAAAGUCAAUACACCUUUACGAUAAUUCGGGAAAACUAACACUCCAUCGCAGCUUAUUUUGCGAUUGGAGGAGGUAAACAUCACACUUUUAUAAGAGUUUAUUAAGGAGAAAAUACGUUUUUUCGUGAGAACUUUUCUUGUCGCGUUUUGUUUUUAAUGAAAAGUACACAUAAGUUGUAUCUUUUUAUUAUUAACGUUUCCUGAAAAUUUAAAAGAAAUUGAUUGGACGGAAGUUAAAAAACUGGAGAAAACACGCUUUCGCCUCUAACAAACUCUCAUAAAAACACAAUUUUACCUCCUUUUUUCCGAUAUUGUAAAACGAUGGAAAGCCGUAGGAACGCAUGCACAAUUGAAUUAUCGUAAAGGUGUAUUAGGCUGUCAUCAAAAAUAUGUUUUGUUCGCGUCCCUAGGCUGACUCCCUUUUGGUAAUAAAAACCCGAGCCUGUAAGUCGAAAAAAAACCGGGAAAAAAUUUCGCGAGAUAUUUUCAAAACUAUUUUUUUUUUCGCCAGAACUAAUGUAGCUAUGCAAAAUUGACAAAAACUCGCAAAAAUUAAUUUUAGUAAGAAUUAAUUCCUUUAGGGCACUGACAGUGUACAGGGCAGCGAAAAAUUAUCUACAAACGAUGUCGAGUGGAGCUAUACUGUCUUGGCCCUGGGAACGAAUUUGCUUGCUCCGAUCUGAAAAUCCCGGGAAAAAAUACACCCAACCGGGGUCCGGGUCAUCAGGAUGCGAACACAACAUAUUUUUGAUGGUGGCCUUAAAGAGAAUGCUGGAUAUUCAUAUUCCCACACAAUAGAAUAUAUAAAACUUGUUUUCAGUUUCUGAAGUACCGAUCAACCACUGUACAAAUAGGUAAAGAAAAAUUAAUUUCAAUUGUCAGAAACAACUUUAUUAGCUAAGGACUGUGGUGUGCAAUUGGUGUUGAGCUCAAGGAUGGUUUUCAAUGUUUUCGAAAUUUCUCACUACCUAAUAUUUUUUUAGCUGAUAACAUGGCCAAAUUAGGAUAAUACUUAUUAAAUUAUUUGCCAUAGGUAUUUUAAGAAAGCAUCUUCUAUUUAGCAGGCUAGCAUCAUCAGGCUUCUCAUUUUGUAAAUAUGUGCUUACGUGAUCAAUCACGUCCACCAGUUGACAAUGUUACUUGAUUGCGUAGCGUAUCUAAUUUGCUCCAGGUCAUCCAGUUCAGCUACAUUUUACCAAAACGUAUACAAAAAUUUGUCAAAUGAAGAAAUUAUCUACAAUUAAAUCCAUGAUAAAAUGUCUGUUCCACCUGUAAGUGCAGUUGUGCAGACUUGCUUCAUCUGUGAUCCUUCAGCGUUCAUCUCCACAUUAGUUAAGAACCGCAUGAUUGGAUUUUUUGUGUAAAACCUGGUUACCAACAAAGAAGGGGCCAGAUAAAAAAAAUGGUAUUGAAUGAUUUAAAAAACACAAGCACAUCUUCUAUUUUACCAUUGAAGUUGCAAGAAUACUUAUGGCAACAAACAAGAGGUGCAUUGAAGUCAAAGCUUCAUUCUGGCCACUCAGGUUAUGAGGCAACAUGCGUAGCACUGGAACGAAUGAUAUGUGGAGACAAGACAAAAGAACUAAAAGUUCAAGUGCCUGAUGUGUUCUCUGCUAUUAAGAGUAUACCAAAAUGGACAUUUGUUAAAGGCGCAUUACCAUAUGUCAUUCACUGUUGUGCUGCAAUCUUAGAACAGCGUCGUCAGUUAGGAUUAUCUGAUAAACUUUCUGUUGCUGUAACGAAAAUAUUUUCAACUUUGCAUUGGAUUUUACUAGAGGCUUCUCAGGAAUGUUGUGAAGAUGGCUUGGGUCUUGAUUUGAACGUGAUUGAAUUAUUUAUUCAGGCGCUAAUACCAAAUGUACAUAAUUUGUUUGAAAGUGAUCUUACUUUCAGUUUGCAAGUAGGUGGCAAUUUAUGGCAUCCUUUGUGGAGUAACUCCCCACCUUUGGGAUCAGUUUUAGCCACACCGAUUUUACUUAAGAAGGGAAUGGGUAUGUCCAAAAAGAAUGAAACUCAAACUCUAUUGCCACCGUCUUUACCUCCUGAAGAAUGUCAUAAUGUAGCUACUUACUUUGAUGUAGCUCUUGUCAAAGUUAUGAUGUUAGAAAACUGGACAUUAAGUGGAUACAAGUGGGGAUUGCAAUAUUUGCAGAAUUAUCUGAAGACAAUACUCUUACGAUAUGGGUUUGAUGCGGAUAACUGCAUUGUGUUAGGUAUCCUGAGUAAGUUUGCACCCCGAAAAAGUGUUCUACCUGACAUUGGAGUAGAAAGUAGGCAACCAUCUCCGACCAUGAAUUAUCCACAUGCAUCAAUGCACAGCAAUCGUGCACCUCCCAAUAUUAAAUUAAAUGAAAAGAUUCCAGCAGAUAUAUUGGAUUUUGUAACAGCAGAUGGAGACUUGAAAUUACCGUAUAUUUUAAAAAUGUUGAAAAAGCUGGUAAAAAACCAAAGUUUGUGGUCUGUAUGUGGAAGUUUACUAUUUUUGAUAUGCCAAUUGACGGAACUAACCUUAGAUACUCAAAAAUUGUUUAAUACGUUGCGAUCACAUUUUGAAUCAUUGCUGUUUUGUUAUGUCAAUAUCGCAAAAAUGUUGGGUUGCGAGCACCACUGUCAAAAUUGCAUAAAGGGCAUCAAAGGGGAUCACUUUCGUUACUUACUGCAAGCAUAUUUGCAGCGCGUUAUUAACAGCGAUAUUAUUCGCUCAAAAAUCUGGUUCCAGAAGUACGUUCAAGGUGAAAAACCAGGCGAAGUUAUGGAAUUUCUGCAUGCACUCUUUGGGUGUUGUGUAUCUUCUCCACAAGUUGUGUACCCUAAGUCAAGUGAAGAAUCAAAUUUUCACUCUUAUAUUAGAGGAAUGUCGAAUGUGGCACAUGAUAUUUUGAAUCAACAGGAAUAUGUGGAACAAAAGCAUGAAAAUGAGAAAUUAAUCCUCAGCUGGGUUGGACAUUUAUUUUACAAUAAUAUGACAGAAUCAUGGAAUGAUGUGAUUGAAACAAAAAACUUGGAUUGCUUCAUUGCUUUUGUUCAAUUCACACGGUACAUACAGAUACGCCAUCCUCUUAUAUUUCGCAAAAUUGUUAUGUCAGGUUUGUUGAACUCAUUUGAUAAAUCAAAAGAAAGUGAUACUGCAAAUUCUCAAGUGGUGCCAGAGAAAGUAGUUCCGGAAAUAGCUGGAUCAGUUCCGGAACCUUCUUCAAAUUCUUACGAGGGAAAGAGUGCGAAGAGUAAGCAUAAAAAGAACUGGUUUGGACCAUGGCUUCAAAAAAGUGUUACCAUUGAUAAUGUAAUGGAAACACCAGAAGGUAGUUAUGCAGAUACGUCUAGUACACUACCUGCAUUUGCUGGACGUUCCAAUUACAUGGUUGAGAACACGACUGGUAGCCUUCCACGCUACACAAGCAAAGGUAGUAGUAAAGUGAAAGACUUUGGCCUUGUUUCAAAAAAGGAUACUCAUGGAUCUAAUGCACAACCCCAUGGAGUAAGAGGAAAGUUGAUAAAUUCGAAGGGAUUAUAUGAUGGUCUUAAACAGUUUAGGUGUUUACUGGAUGUAACACCUCCUGGAUUAGCACCUGAAGAAGCAGUGGUGGCUGCUAUGCUUGACCUGGAAGCACCCAUUGUUGCUCGUUCUGCUUAUUUGCUGGAACUAGCACAUUUUGUCCAUCAAUGUAACAAUGGAGAAUGGCCAUCUUUGAUACAAUUCUCUCAGCAAGGACCAGCUCGAAAGGGUCUUCCUGACUACAAUCUUUUAAAUGGCAUGAAACACCGUGCUGGGCUUUUGUUUCACAAGUGGGGUGUUGUUAUUGGUAGAAAGCUAGAAGAUAUUUUGCUGCAGGAGAGGGUUCACGAUCAUAAGAAAUAUAAAAAUGAUCAACAGGUUGAACUGAUGUACCAGGGCAAUCUGUCAGUUGUUUCAUCUGCCUGCCCACCAGCUCUCAGAUUAGUUGCUUGCCAGUUGUUACUUGAAAUUACUGCAUUUCUGAGAGAAACAUUUGUAUCGUCAGUUCAAAUACACAUGUCCUCAUUGGAUGCAUCUUCACCUCGAUCAAGAACUCACACAAAUGUUUCCCUUACCUUAAGUGGUAAUCGCAAAAAACAUUCAAUUGCCACUGCACUUGCUAAAAAAAUUCAAAGACGAAAAAGCUCUGUAGGAUACAUGCUUACAUCUCCGAUGCCAGUUUCCAAAGAUGAAACAGUACCACAAAGUCCGUCCAGAGUUCGUAGAAAUCAGAGUAUUGCUUAUUUAACAAAGAAAAGUCCAAAAGUAGCUCGGAAAUUUUCACGUAAGAUCUCGAGACCCUCAUUUGACCGACAGGCCAGUCUAACAACAAUGUUUGCAGAAGACCAAGAUGAGUUACCCGAAGAAAUGCUUGAUUUUCCAUGGCUGAACGUUAUGAUGCAAAUGAAUAAAUCUAUUGAUUUCUUGUGUGCUCAUGGUGGUGAUAAAUGUGCUGACAACUGCCCAGUUGGACAGCUCAAAUCUUGUUUUCAGUUAGUUGAUGCUUUAAAAACAAUAUAUGAUUAUCACAACCAUCAAGUCAUAGAAAAUUAUCAGAAUGAAAACAUAUCAUCUGAGGCUAAAGUAGACCCUGUCUACAAUUAUCUUGUUGAAAGAGUUGGCAUUUUAAUGCAACUUCCAUUUUCAGUAUUAUGCAAAGGGGCAUUUGUUAUGGAGAAUCAGCAGCUUGGGGAAACAAUGGCGGCUUCUUGGGAGGUUUUACUUUAUCCUUGUCAACAGCUUAGAGCUGCAGCUGCAAGUUUAUUUUUGGUGUCUGGUAUACGGUUAGAGGCUUCGAUCUCGAAUUUCUUGACUCGUGAACUUACAUCAAUAGAUGCUCACAAUCGUGCUAAUGCUAUUCAGAGGUUUGGUGUGUUGUGGGAUUGCCAGUAUCAAGUUUAUCAACACCUGGAAGAUUCUGCUAAAGCAACAUUACGUAUUCCGUUUCCACGACGUGACUACACAUUACCAUCUCGUCCAUUGGGUCUAUUGCCUGAACCGGUACCAGAUGCUGCUUGGGUUGCUGACUCUAACGUACAUCAAGAUCUUGAUUUAUCAGAUGAUGAAGAUGAGUUUUACUAUUUGGAUAGUGAGCAACAGAAGGAAGUGAAAGCUAAAAAACGUGCAAAGAAGUUAAAGAAGCUGAGGGAGAAAUACUUUUUGACAUCAAUACCAUUUUCUUACCAAGCUUCUGUUGAGAGUGUAGUGAAAGAUGAUGAAGAUCAACCUGUUGUCCAAAAUGAUCAUAUGAUGCAGCCAUUUUUUCCACCAUCAAUGAAUCAUGGUUUUUCCCACUUGAUUCAUUUGCUUGACGAUACUGCCAUAGCCACAACAAAUGGACAAACCGUUGGAAGUUUAUCACGUCAUGUUAUUUGGAAAUGUCUGGUUGAUGAUUCCGAUACUUUUUUUCGAAGAUUUUAUGAAAAGAUUACACGAAUAAGCAAACAGGAUGAGUUGAUUUUACUGUUGCGGAAACUGCUGAUGUACAUACCUGAGCUACCUCCAUAUGCAGCACAACAACUCCUUAACAACUUAGUUGGUGUUAUUGUAUAUCAUGAUCGUCUCAAUAUACCUGGAACACAAGAACGGAUUGCUGCUAUAUUUCCUCUUCUGUGGCAGAUUGUUCCUAGUGUUGACAAUGUCUACUUCGGGGAUUUGAAACAGAGUUUGCGACGGGAACAUAUUGACAACAUUCUAAUGGUCACUGCAAAUGUGGCAUGCACAACAGAAGUUUCAGUUGUCUAUACAUCGAAAGAAAGAUUAAACAUUUUUGAAGAAAUGACAUUUAAGGAGCUGCUGACACAAAGUAAAGGAAUCUUUGAGAUUGAAAGUGAUGUCUGGUUGGUGGACAAACACUCAGGUGCGAUUAUGGAAAACAAUAAUAAGAUUCGAGAUGUUUACGUCUUCAAAAGAGGAUACCCAUCACCCUCGUUAAAACUGGAAGAGAUGAGUGAAGAGCAUGCAUUCAGUAAACGUCAGCAACAGGCUGUGACGAACAAAUUGCUUCAGAUUAAUCAACUUAUGUUCACGUCGAAAAUCUUUGAAAAGUUGCCAAAUAAGAAACAUGUCACGUUUCUCUAUUCGGAGUUGUUCCAGCAAGUCUCAUUCCCGAAGAAAGCUAUUGAUAUCGAAUUUGAUUUGUGUAUGGGAGAUGAGCUCGGCUUAGAGCUUUUCUAUUUGGAUGUCACCUUUAAAGACUAUUGGGUUAAGUUCAUUUGGUCACUUUUGACACAUUUAUCUGAAGCUACUCACUAUGGCGAAGAAAUGAUAGGACUGUUCCUUGACCCAGUCAACGGUGCAUUACUUCUGCAUUGUGAAGACGUCACCAUCUUGCGUUCAUGUCUUGCUGCUUUAAUAAACAUUGUGAUGUGUUAUGGGAAAAUAUUUGCCCUUGAUGCCUACCAAGAGAUACUACCAACACUACUAAAGGUAUAUUCACAUCACGAAGAUAAUACUUUGGUAAAAGAAGCCAUUGAGUUUACUGUCUUACAGUUUUAUAAUUUUCACCAAAGUCAGUUCAUAUUGCAGAUGUUUUCAAGCGCUGCUCCUAUUUUGUUGACAGAAGAUAUGCUCGACGUUAGUAUUGAACAGCAGUUUGACAUGGUGCCUUCACAUUGCUUGUUCAACUUGGUUGAAUCUUUAGAACGAGAUGUACCCGACACUUUGGACAUAAUGAGUUUGGUGAGGGCAGAAAAGCCCAUCAAGCCUUAUGAUGACUGUCUAGUGGACGACACAAACCGAUCCGGAAAAAUCGAUCUUAGCAUCAGACUAGCGUUGACCAUAAUCGCGUACAAAUCGGAGUCGAGUAGAGCUCUGCAGAUGAUGUUCGUACUGUCAGCAAUUAUUCCGCAUUAUUUGAGACAUUUGGAAGCUCUGUCGGAAGCACAUCCGUUGGACAACGAGCCAAAGAAGAAUGAAUUCAAGCAAAUAAAAUCUAUGAUGAAGUAUGUGGCGACCAUCAUUGGACAAAAUCAACAACUGACUGAGAGCUGUGAAAUCUUAGGUAACAUCACUUCCAAUCGUUCCACUGAUGCUACAUCGAGAGGACGUGGAAACUUUGUGUGGGAGUUCUUUCGUAGCGCCAUGUCAGCUUUGUUUGGCCACACGAGGGAAAGCAUGCAGGAAGGUGAUGAAGUAGAGAGAGCUUCCAUAUAUGGUGAAGGUGAGAACCCAUAUUUGAUCAGUUCCACCAACACGGAGGAGUAUGAAAACCUUGCACAGUUUUAUCAGCCAAGGACAGUGUUGUUGUCACUCGCUUCUGAAUUCACUGUGAAAUGUGCUGCCAGGUACAAGAUGUUACUACAAGAAGUGAAAGGGAAAUCAAACAUUGUUGGACUACCAGAUAUCAUCGAAGACGAAAAUGCAUUGGUAUUAAUUGAUGUAGCAUCCACUCUUUUGGAAUUAGUUUUGUGUGACCAUGAAGUGCUUCGAAAUCCGGGUCUUCAGAGAUUUUUGCUUGAAGCCAUGCCCCAUAUCAACUGGUCAAACGAUGUUGCACCGUUUAGCGUGAUCGUAAAAAGAAUGGAACGCCUGUUUCGUAAAAUCUUGCAGAAGCCUGAUUAUAUGAAAUAUGUUGAAUGGGACAGUUUGGAAGUGCUACUGAGAGGUCUGUAUUUAACAUUGAAAAGACAAGAGGUGUUGGCAGACAUUCCAGUAAUGCUGCUUCUUCUCCAUACCUGUACCAAAAUUGUAAUUGACGACGCGCCUGAGACAUCCGACCAUUUACCGACUGCUGGCUUAAAAUCGCCGUCAUCUAUUGCCUUUAAUACGACAGUUGUAAAACUUGCUGCUAGAUUGUUAUACAUACGUCCGAAGGAAUAUAAUCUCGAGUCAAAUUUUGCUAUGUACACACAAGGAGACGACGCGAGAAAAAUAGAGCGGUUUCUGGUGCAUUGGUUGCUACCUCUUGCUAUCAGGAUGGGAACAGGAAGAUUCGAUUAUCCAUGCAUGCCAUCGGACGAUAUCCACUUUGUUUCGAAUGUCCUGCUAUCGUUUUUGCUUCCAUCCAACACGAUACGACCAAGUAUGGCGAUCACGUCAGUUUCAGUUGUCGCUGGUUUGGGUAUGCCAGUUCAGAGCAGUCAACCUGUGCUUCAGUCAAUGACAAAGAUAUGCUUUCUAGGAAUGAAGAUUCUAUUGACAAGUUAUUCGGAUUGUUUCGGCAGACACUGGAAGACAAUAAAAAACACCAUUGUUCGUUAUAUGGAGAAUAACGAAUCUGAUUUGGUCUUAUGGAAUUUCAUCUCGUUUUUGGUUUGUCAUCGACUGCCAUUGUUCGUCCACUUGUUGCCAACCGUGAGAAAAAAGCUGGCUUUUGCCGCCAACUCGCUAACGACACGCGUUCAAGUGAUACAUAACCGAAUAAAGCACGACUUGCUGUCUCCGCCUGUUGUCGGUUGUCGUUCGUCUAUCUUGCAGCUGCUUCUAAAUGAAUUGUCAUCCUUUGCAAACUUAACAGUUGAGAACGAAGAUACAGAGUCCAGUGGGUCUGGCGAUCCUAAAUUUGCUUUAGUUGAUCCUCCAACUGGUAGAGGCGAUCAAGAAGACGAUCAAUCGUAUAUCAAGCGCGUUAUGAAGGAGCUGCGAACGAGUAGAAAACAACAUAAUGGCGAUGAAAUGUUGGAUCGAAAGAGCCAGCACUCGAUUAUUAAACGAACCUACACGAAUCCGUUCUACAAACAAAAUCGCCACGUUAAACUUAAAAAGCAGGUCAGCUUUCACGAAAGUGUCUCUCCUCCACAUAGCUCUUUAGGUGUGGAAUCAGUAACAUCUCCAGUUUCGCCCUUGCGAAAGCAACUGGGAAAGUUAUCUAAGCGUUCCAAGUUGCGUAUGUUUACACACCAAAAAAGACAGGACGAAGAUGAUCAAGAUAUUAUCAUCAACCACGAUAGUAUCGGCGGUGGAGAGAAUAAAGUUGAUGGAAGUUCGCAGAGUGUAUCUGCUAAAGGUGUUACUAGACAAAGAAAGAAUGCUUCAUACAGCAAAGAGAGCAAAUCCACACAAGGCGUAUUAAGCGAUAUUGCGUCAAAAAAGAAUUUUUUCCUUAAUAGCUCUUCGACAGGGGAUAGCAGCAGCGCGCUGGUUGUGGAUAAAAACAUGGAGAGUCAUGAAGAGAUCGAUGAUACAGAAAGUGAACCAACCAGUGGGCAAUUGUUGCAAGAAUUUGCGAAGGAUGACAUUGCUGGCGCUACAAGCAAAGAAAAAACCUCCAGUUUGUCUCGAUCACCUGCUCUUAAACGUUUUACAGCGGAGGGAAGCAGUAUCAAAAUACAAGGACUGCCAUCGAGACCAAUUAACGACACGUCGAGCAGGUUUGUUCAUUCUGCUAUGCAUGAAGAUGCACCUGUGUCUGACGCAACAGCGUUGAAAGAUACUGUUGACAAAACAAAAUCAAACACGACAUCGCCUAUCUCUGUCAAAAGAAAGUUACCAAACCCUCCGUCUUUUGAUGAAUCCAAAAUCGUUGAAAUACAUCGAAAGAUCUCUACCGAACAUGCUCAAACUGAUGUACCUACCGUGUCACCACAGCAUUUUUAUACAGUGCUUUAGUGAUGUUCUGGAUACACGCUUUCCUUAUAAGAAAUAUUUUUUAUAAGAAACACCGGACUAAAAUCCUGGAUUGUAACUGUGGCGCAAAACACAGGCUUAAAUUUUUCAAGAUUUUCUUUCUUUGAAUUAGCUUACUUUUAAUCUAACUAGUUUUUAAUUAGUCCAGGACACAUCCCACAAAUUACAUUAGCUCGAAUCUAAUCUUGGACACGCCCAUCCAAAGGUUGCUCCAACCCAUUGUAAUUAAAUAGUCAUCGCAGGUAAAUAUUUUAAUUUGAAUAUUUUGCGUAUUGAAAUUUAUAUUGUGAUAACAUUGCGUUAUUAACAAUUGAAUAUCCUUUCUCAUAAUGCUAUUUGGUUCGGAUUGGAGCUAAAAAAGGCUGACGAAUGACUGUUUUCCGUUUUGUUAAGUUUAACAGUGGGCAUCUUUGGAUGAAGUCGACAAAACUUAAGUCGUCUUUCGUUCAGCCCGUAUAAUUCAUUCGUUUGGGAAAGGAUCAAAUAUUUGAACAUGCGCUUCUUCAAAAAUUUUAACUAAUUAUCUUUUUCAAGGGGUACUGACAAAUUGAAUAUGCUUUAAUCAAAGUCAAUCUAAAGGAAGGGAGGAAUGGACGAGGUAAAUUCUGUAAAGUUGAAAUAUUUUAUACAGUGAAACAUCGAUUUUAUCAUUUGAACAGUUUUCUUUGUCUAAAGUUUCACAAGAUCUUAUGUGUGAUUAAGUUAGCCUGUGGAAAUCCAAAGAAAUUUGGAUAUAUCGCAGUUGCCAUUUUCAGCUUAGUUCGUGCGUGACAUGGGUACCAUGUUGUGAAGUGUUUUUUUAUAAGAAUAUCGACAAUCUAACCAGGCUGGUGAUUUUUCUUAUUUCUCCAUUGUUCUAAAAAAUAGACCUAUUGUUUUUAUCCUGAAAUCUCAGCCUGAUGUUCUUAUAAAGCAUAUUCUUAUUAGGAAAAAAACGUGUACGGGUAUUACUAACACAAAGAAAUAACGUUAAAUUUAAAUGUUAUAUAUUUUUAGCUUUCUUGAUAUUUAAUUUAUUUAAAUAUUUUUUUUUGUAGUUUAUUAUAGCAUGUGUGACCACUGUGAGGAAUGGGAUAGAGUAGAAUUGUAGAAUUGUAUAUUCCUGUAUUUAUUUAUAAUAAUUUUGUAAUCUCUAUAUUUUUUUCAGAUAUAUUCAAUUUAAUUUCUUUUUAUUUGAUCUAUUUGUAUAUAUUGGAAGAAACAGAAAUUUUUUUACGAUUUUGUGGGAAUGUUCAAAGAUGUAACUGGAGAAAGAAUUGUGACUGGUCGUUUGUUUGUUUAUUUUAUUUGUUUGUUUGUGUACUUUGUGUGUUUAUUUCGUUUUAUUGAAGAUAUUAUUUCGGUUUGUC